UUUUUAUCAUUAUUCCAUAAAUCACCAUGGGACCUAAAAAAGCUUGUGAAAGUGGAAAGGCGAAAAGAAAAAUAGUGAGAACAGCAAUAGAAGUGAAGAAAGAGAUUAUACGAAAGCAUGAGAACGGCGCUCGUGUUUCAGAUCUGGCUUUACAGUAUGGUUUAGCGAAGUCGUCGAUUUGUACCAUUCUUAAGAACAAGGAAGCAAUAAAAAAAGCUAGGCUUGCCAAAGGAGUGAACGUGAUCACCAAGCAAAGAUCUCAGACAUUAGAAGAAGUGGAAAAGUUGCUACUGAUUUGGAUCAACGAAAAGCAGUUGGCCGGCGACAGUAUUUCGGAGACGAUCAUUUGUAAGAAAGCGAAGCAUUUGCAUCAGGAUUUGCUCAACAAAACCCCAGGCACAAGUUCUGAUGAGUCUGAUGGGUUUAAGGCUAGUCGAGGCUGGUUUGAAAAGUUUAAAAGGCGAAGUGGCAUACGCAGUGUGGUUCAUCAUAGAGAUGCCGCAGGUGCUAACAAAAAAGAGGCGGAAGAGUUUGUGAAAGAGUUCUGUGCGUUUGUAAGUGCCAACGCUUUUAUCCCCCAGCAAGUGUUUAAUUGUGAUGAAACUGGGCUUUUUUGGAAGAAAAUGCCCAAAAGAACAUACAUAACCCAGGAGGAAAAGGCUUUGCCUGGACACAAGCCCAUGAAGGACAGGCUAACUCUCUUGCUUUGUGGCAAUGCCAGCGGUGAUUUUAAGGUGAAGCCAAUGCUCGUGUAUCAUUCAGAGAACCCCCGUGUGUUUAAGAAAAACAAUGUUAUGAAAAGCAGGCUGCCCGUCAUGUGGAGGGCUAACAGUAAGGCCUGGGUGACCAGACAGUUUUUCCUGGAAUGGAUCACUAAAGUUUUCGCUCCUUGUGUGAGGAAUUACCUCAAUGAAAAUAAUUUGCCAAUGAAGUGCCUGCUGUUGAUGGACAGUGCCCCAGCACAUCCCCCAGACAUGGCGGCCGAGUUACCGGAAGAGUUCCACUUCAUCACCGUGAAGUUUCUGCCUCCUAAUACGACUCCACUGAUUCAGCCGAUGGACCAACAGAUCAUUUCAAACUUUAAGAAGUUAUAUACCAGAGCACUUUUUCAAAGGUGCUUCGAGGUUACUUCUGACACACAGUUAACUCUUCGUGAUUUUUGGAGGAACCACUUCAAUAUUCUGCAUUGCUUAUGUCUUAUUGACAACGCCUGGCAGCAACUGACCUGCAGGACCUUGAACUCAGCCUGGACAAACCUUUGGCCUGACUGUGUUGUAGAGAGAGAUUUUGAGGGAUUUGAGACACAAACUAAUGAAGUUGUCAAUGACAUUGUGUCUCUGGGCAAAAUCAUGGGCCUGGAAGUCAGUGAUGAUGACAUCGAAGAGCUAGUGGAGGAGCACAGCACUGAGUUGUCUACUGAAGAACUCAAACUCCUUCAGAAGGAGCAGCAGAAGAGGGUGCUUCAGGAGAUGUCUUCGGAGGAAGAGGAGGGAAGGGAGGAUGUGCCUUGUGCUUUUAUUAAAGAAAUGUGUGCGAAAUGGGGUGAAGUGAAAAAUUUUGUUGAAAUGUAUCACCCUGAUAAGGCAGUAGCAAGCCGUGUCAGUAACCUUUUCAAUGACAUUGCUAUGUCUCACUUCCGUGACAUUGUGAAACAGAGGCAAAAGCAAGGUUCAAUACAAAGGGUUUUAGUAAAAGAAGAGGACUAUUGAGUUCCAGGCAGAAUCUGCUCACAACAAACAGAAAAUCCAGGAGAUGAGAAAAUACUCCUGAAUUUCUUAAUUAUAACAUCUCCUUGUGCCAUCACUACUCCUCAGCUAUCUCAUUUAUAGCUUUGUUCAGUUGUAUUUAUCUUUUUUGUUAGAUCUAAUUAUUUUUAUAGGUGUCGUUUAUGAACCCGUACACAAAAUACUGUUGAAAAAGGUUGAAUCAGCAGUCAUCCGGGGCCCAAGAACGGACUAAUCCAUUUUACAUUGAUUCCAGUGGGGAAAAUUGUUUCAGUUUUCGAAACUUUCGGUUCAUGAACGGCCUUCAGGAACAAAUUAAGUUUGAAAACGGAGGUUCCACUGUUAUGUUCAUAUAUAUAUAUGUAUAUAUAUAGUCUUUUUGGUUUCACACUAUAUCAUUCCAUGUUGCUGCAUUCCAUUUCGGAUGGUGGCAUUUGUUUGUUGGAGUAAAAAUAGAACGAACUGUUGGAAAAUAACUUCAUUUAGA